AUGCCAACCUCUUCUAUCAACUUCCUUGAAGGACUUCCCGAUGUCGUCUUCUAUGCGGUGAUGGAGAGACUUCCUGCACGGGUCAUCGAAAACACUGUUCGACAACUGUCCAAGAAUUGCUAUAGAAGGGUCGAGCUGCGCAGAGAAAGACUUCCUCGUGUUUAUAUCGAUGAGCUUUGUGUUCAUGAGAACAUGCUUCGAUUUAUACAUGGAGGAAGGAACGAAUAUUCGGAAAAGAUAGAUCCAGCUAAAUUAAUUCAACAUUUGGCGUAUUUGAAUGAGCGUGUCACCUUCAACACCCUCCGUUUGCAGGAUGUCAAUUGGGACAUGUUUGCAAAUUGCAAGUUCGAAUGCGAAGAAUUGACUUGUUUUGUCAGUGGGACGACUCUUUCACCAGAAAGAUUCCAGGAUAUUUUUCGCAGUAUAAGGCCAACACGCAACCUAUAUGUUUCGGCGCAUGGGGACAACAAAGUUUUUCCUGUUACAAGGGACUUUUUCACCAAUAACUAUGCAAUUGAGUUGCAACUUGUUCGGUUGUGGGGUUACGGGAAUGCCAUGGUGGAUCCAUUAAAUGACACAAUCCUGUUAGAUUCAACUGCUCUGAGCGUCAAAUUGAUGCAAUUCAUCUUCGAGCAGUUUGCGGGGAAGCAGAACGUCAAAAUUUCUUGUACAACUUACCUGGAUUGCAAUCUGUUAAACGGCUCCUCUUCAAAGGUUCCAUCUAUUCUAUCCCCGCUUUGGAAAGAGCAAAUGGAAACAUCAUUGGGUUUCCUAUUCGCAGUGAUGGAAAAGGUCAUAUUGAUAUCUCCAUGCUUCGAC